AUGGGUGGUGUCACCGUUCGCGAUGUGGACAUUGCUCAGGUUGAGAUUGAGGAUAUUGGGAGGUCUUAUGGACGAUGGUCUCGAACUAGGUGGAUUAGUCUGAGGAUAAUUGCGAAGAGAGAGCUAUCUCAAUUCAAGGGAGAUGCAGCGAGAGAGCGACAGAGCGACCGAGCGACAGGCCACAGGAUGCAAAUGCCAUACAGGGAAGAAGAGCCAUGGCUGACGGGAUUUUUUCAACUGCAGGCGCAAAAGUUCAUCGCGGCUUACUCCGCGUUCCUGAAGCGUCAGGGCAAGCUCCAGAUUCCAGGAUGGGUCGACACUGUCAAGACCUCUUGCUCCAACGAGCUCCCUCCGCAGGACGCUGACUGGUUCUACGUCCGCGCCGCCGCCGUCGCCCGCCACAUCUACCUCCGCAAGACCGUCGGCGUCGGUCGCCUCCGCAAGGUGCACGGCUCGCCCAAGAACCGCGGCUCGCGGCCCUCGCACCACGUCGACGCCUCGGGUCAGGUCGACCGCAAGAUCCUGCAGGCGCUCGAGAAGAUUGGCGUUGUCGAGAUUGACGAGGAGAAGGGCGGUCGCCGCAUCACGCAGAGCGGCCAGCGUGACCUGGACCGCAUUGCCCGGACGACUGUUGAGGAGGAGGAAGACGAGGAGUAA